AUGGAUGAUGACACUUCGGUGGAAGGAGAUGCUUCUUGUAAAGUGGUCAAUAAUUAUGUAAUGGAUAUUGCGGGUACAUCUCAAAGAAUCAUCUCUGAUGUUUCCAUUGCUUCCGGUUUUCAAAAAACUAUUGCAGAUAUCUGGAGAUCAAGCGGAGAUGGUGUAAUAAUGGAAAGUGAUGGGGAGGAUUGUUUUGUGGUCGAUAACAACACAAUAGCUGCUUCGAGAGCCUUUGUGUGGUGUGGUGUGAACUGA